CUCUCAGACACAGACGUCAGAUCAGUCGGGAAUUGACCAAUAGGAGGGGGGCAAUAGCCUUGUAGGCCCCGCCCACACACUGCUUGACAGACAUCUUAGCAUAUCAUCUGGUAGCACGGAGACCGACUCGUUUGAAAUGAGAGAGCUCGUCUUUACAGGUUAAAUUGAAUUAAUACAAAAUCCAAUUAUUUCGUGAAAACAUCUGUAACCUAUGUAGACUCAUACUGUACGUCCAGUAUUUAGAUUUUACUCCAUGUAUAUAUUUAGUGAUUUUUCAGAUGCAAAUCCUAAAUCUGUUGCUUCAAAUACUAAGCACACGUUGAUGGAGAAACGUUUGUACUUUGUGUACUUUAACACCAUGAUACUAUAGCAAUAGUAAUACUGUAUUACCUCUGAGCACUACAAAAUCAAAUCUGGUGAGGAAUUACACAAAAAAUGAUUCCAACUGUUUUAUUUCGCUCACAAUAAACAAAGACACUUUUGUAUUUAGUAAAGAUAGUUGUUUUCAUUUUAUCUUAUUAAUUAUCCGCUUCUACAACAUGAGCUGGUUCCACAGAGGAGCUUGGGAGCUAAAGGCUCUGCCUCCAUUCUACAUGUAGAACCUCCUGAACCGAUAGAUCACGGCUGAGAGAGGAGCAUGAGGAGCUAUGAAGAAGCUGGUCAUUAGGAGGUUUGGAAGUUUAGAUUCUGUCUAAAGUUGUUGACCAAAGAAUUUUAUAGACAAUGGGCACAAAGUGACUGAGAUGAAUGAAUGAGUCAAUCAGUUGCUGAGGUGCUGCCCUCUGCUGUCACGAGUCUAACAACAAGUUGCUCCUGGUAAAUUCAGGAAUCUGUGGCCACAGUGAAGUAAAUAGUCACAGCAGGGGCAAAAACAGAGACAUUAAGGCCAAAGCAGAUACACAGAUAUUAUUAUUGUGUCAGUACUGAUCUGCUAUUUCAUUCCCUCUGUUGGUCUCAGGACCAAGGUUAUAUAUUUGUUGUUGUUAAGUGUAAUAGUUCAAGCAAUACAAUAUUCAAUAGCUUUAUGGACAACUCACCUAAACAUAGCAUUCACAUUUUAACAUAUAAUCCAUUCAGAAAUUAAACACCUAGAUCGCAUUCCUAAACCAGAAUAAUGUAAUUCAACCAAAUCACUCCACGGACGUGGCAUCACUGACAGAUGGAGGGAGGUCCUGUUAGUGCAGUAGCUGUGUCCACAGGGCACGGUCACCGCCCAGGCAGAGGAGGUCCAGACAGAUGGAACAACAGAACUUCUCCUGGUCCAGUUCAAUUCCUCUCUGAGCCAUUGACACUUCUCAGAGUUUCACUCACAGCAGUUGAAGACCUGAUCCAAAGCUCUUAGUUUCAGGUUGAGCUGCUGAUCUGCAGUGACCUAAACAGGAAGUACAUGGACAGAGAUGAGCUCACUGUGUUAAUUCUUCUGCAAUAUUAUAAGAUGGGAAGUGCUCUGAAGGAGAACAAAGUACUUUUAGAGCAACUUCCUUUAACCUCUGGUGGUUGUGGAUGCUGUUUGUCCGACUGUCUUUCUUUAGCAAAGUAGUUUGGUCAUCAUUUAUAUAUCAUCCUUCUUUCUCUAUGUCGUAAGUAAACUCCCCAUCGUUCUGCUCCGUUGGGCUGAACUUGGAGAAGUUCAGAUCAGUUCUAGACAUACUCUGAUCACACUCCUUAAGUUCUAAGCAUGAAGUCUUAAUAUACAAGGUUCUGAUCAGCUUUAACGCUUCCAAAGUGCAAAAAUCCCAGUUGUAGCUCCUCAGCUUCUACAAACGUGAACAAGCCUAAUUACAUCUUCAUCUUCCCUUUAGAAGCUUCACUGGAGCCUGGACACAAACGUCACAUUCUAACCUCGGCGCUGAAGAUGUUCUGAGAAGUGUCCGUCGGCUCUGACAUCCUGUUGACUCAGCUGAACUCGUUCAUCUGAUUGGUCAGUUGCUGCUGCAGGCAACAGCUCAAAGCCUCAAAGCAAGCGGGAUACUGACAGCAGCAGCUGUGUGGGCUAAGGGGAUCUCAGAGUUCCUCCCUUGCUGUGAGCACAGCCCAAACGCUCUGUCCUCCAGACGGACGGUUGGUGCAAUCAAAGGUCCGGUCCAUCCCUGGGUGUCAGAUCAGGAAACGGUGUUACCUCAGCAGGUUUCUGAGGUAAUUAUUAGGUUUAGGUUGUGUGUCCUGCAGCAGGUGGAUUCAUCAGACAGAUACCACAAAGUCCAGAUCCUGAGGGGCACCCAGCAGAACCGUUGGACUGACAGGGAAUCACAGUUAAUGGUACAAAGUCCCAGUACCAGGUUCCUAUCUGAAAAUUUAUCUCCAAGGAGAACAAUGGGUGGAGCCGUGUGUAGGGAGGAGGCCAAGGAACCGGACAGGGACGACAGUCGGACACCAGCCGACAGAAUCAGACGAUUCACCUCCAAACAGUCCGGAUACAACAUGCUGAGUCUGGCUCGCAGAGGACUGAAGGAGGCCCCAGACGAGCUGUGGGAGCUUCUGGAGCUGGAGAAGCUGAACCUGUCUCUCAACGCGCUGAAGGUUCUUCCUCCUCAGUUGGCGCAGCUCUCCAGCCUGGUGGUGCUCAAUCUGUGGGGCAACCAGCUGAGCAGCCUGCCUGCAGAGAUCGGACAGCUCAGGAGACUCCGGGUUCUGUUUGCUUACAGAAACAGACUGACAGAAGUUCCUGAGGAGCUGGGAGCCUGUACACAGCUGGAGGUGCUGAGUUUGGCCAACAACCAGCUGUCUUCGCUGCCAGCUUCUCUGUCCAACCUGACACGACUCAGAAAACUCAAUCUCAGCAACAACAUCCUCGUUUACAUCCCGGGCUGCGUGUACAACAUGAAGGCUCUGGUGUUCCUACACCUGGCCUGUAACCGUCUGCAAAACCUGGCAGAGAACAUCCAGUCUCUGGUGGAGCUGAAGAUCCUGAUUGUGGAGGGAAACUGCCUGCACUCUUUGCCCAAGGCCCUCUGCUGCCUCACCAAGUUGGAGCUGCUGAACCUGGACUUUAACAACAUAAAGGAUGUACCUCAGAUGCACCACUUGACCCGUCUGGAGAAGUUGGCCUGCCAUCCUCUGGACAAGGGCCUGCACAUCGUCCACAACCCGCUGCUCAAGCCUGUGAAGGAGGUGCUGGACGGGGGCCUCUCUGCCCUCUUCACCUACCUGAAAGCUGGGUAAGGUGGGGAGGUGCGGCCCCCGCAUCCAGCAUCCGCAUUCCAAAUGAGGGCUUAUUAGAUGAACAGGAGAUAAAAACAGGAGCUGUGGUCACUGGCUUCACUGGCAUGAGACUCCAGACAACAGUUUCUGACUGUGACGUGAUACGACUGAACACCUGGAAAAAAGCAUCCAUUUGUAUUAUUCACACCAAUGAUAACGUUUGUCAACAGUUUUUUCCUUUAUUUAAGUCCCAGAUGAUACAGGUUUAGGCUUUUUUAAUGUGUGACUUUUAUUCCUUUUUGUUUGGUUUACUUGAUCGUUUAGUUAAUAUUAUUGUAGUAGUAUUGUUAGUAGUAGUUGCAGCAAUAUAUAUAUAUAAAUGACAGGAUGUGCAUCUUUUCAUUUACUGAAUCUAUGCUAUCAACCUUCAGACACAUACAGUAAACAUGUUGGACGUUUCUUAUGUCUGGUGUGUUGUACCAAAACCGACCAGCAGGGGGCAGCAUCGUGAGGCGGAUCUGCGCAAAUACCGACUUGGUAAUUUGCAACAUGUGGAGGAAACUGCAACUUUGAUUUCUGUUUUUACAACCUGGAUAUAAAAACUGUUAAACAUGUGAAUAAACCGUUUAAAAAAACAA